AAUUAUUACUUUCUGUUUAUCUCAAUAUACACAUAAUAUUUUCCUCAUUAUUGAAUUUAAACUAAAUUGAAAACGAUGUUUAAAUACUUGUUUCUUAUAUUUGCUGUCUACGUAGUGACAGCUGUCAUUGUUAAUACUGACGAAGAAAAGUGUGAUAAAUAUAAACAAAAAUAUUAUAAACAAUAUGAAUCUCCAGAAGUGGAACCCAAGAGAUUUGAAACAUUCCAAGAGAAUUUGCGACGGCUAGAAGAAUGCCUUAAACAGUACGAAGGAGUGAAUGGCAUUGAGUAUACUAUAAAACAGAUAGAUGAUGAAAUUAACGCUUUUUAUACUAAGAAACCAGAACGUAGAUCGCACAAAUAGUUUAAAUGAUUUAUUAUUAAAAAUGAAUUGUAAUUUAAUAUAUAUAUAUAUAUAUAUAUAUAUAUAUAUAUAU